AUGUCCCAACCAAAACUAUCGAGCAAGCAGGCUCGUUGGCAAGAAUUUCUUGCAGAGUUCAAUUUUAUGCAAGAGUAUUGUCUCGGAUCUAGUAAUCAUGUUGCUGAUGCUCUUAGUCGACGGGCCGAUUUGAUUUCCAUUUGCUCCGUAGCUGCUCUUUCAGGGAGCGCCGUCACCACAAACACAAGAGACCAAAUUCGUGCACUUAUGGAGAAGGACCCGACUACUCAAUAUUUGGUCGACCUUAUCAAGCAGGAAUGUCAUGACACGAGUUGGGCAAGGCAUCCCGGAGAGGAAUGCACUUGUGCACUACUGCAACGUGUAUACUACUGGCCUCAAAUGCGGGAUGACAUUGCAACUUAUGUAAAAAUCUGUCUUAUUUGUCAGCAAGAUAAGGCAAAUCAUCAGAAAAGGAGGGAUUGUUGGAGCCCCUUUCCGUCCCAACCCGAUCAUUCGAAAUCGGACAUUGAUUACAUGAAAAAAGGGCAUUUAAGGUACGUAUUUUUGUCGUAUGUUUGCUUGGGAAUGUUUAAGAAUUUUGAUAUGAAUGAUUUUGGAUUAGGUGAUAGUCAAGUAAUGUGUAAUGGAAAUGGUUCAGUACAUGGUGAAAAUAGUACAAUUCAUGAUGGUUAUUUGAGAGAACUAAUUGAACACAUAGCCAGUAAUCCGAUGGAAAUCUUGAGUAAGAAUCCAAGAUGUGAAUUUUCACGGUUUUGUGAGAAGAAAUAUGAGGAAUUGAUUCACCCGACUAUGGAGUCUUCAUUGUUCAGCAACUUAGAUAGGAAGGAAAAGGUAUUGGAUUCAUGGAAGUCAUUGAGUGUAUUCUACGAGUUGUUUGUUAGAAUGGCGAGCUCUAUAUGGUUGCUUCAUACAUUGGCCUAUUCGUUUGAUCCGGUGGUAGAAAUAUUUCAGGUCGAGAGAGGUAUAGAUUUUUCAAUGGUGUACAUGGAAGAUGUUUUGGGGAAAUGUAGUUUCCGGGGAAAGACUAGGCCUAAGGUCGGGUUCACAGUCGUGCCGUGUUUUAAAGUUGGAAGGACUGUGAUUCAAUCACAGGUUUAUCUCACUGGCUUAAAGGGUGAAGAGUAGUGAGAUCAAUAUGUUCUCUAUGCUUAUCAAGUUAUUGUUGGAGCUAAUGUUGCAGUCGACUUAAUCGAUAUGAGGACUCAAAAGAAAUUAAGCAACAGUUUUGUUGGUUGCUAGGCAUUGCCAUUUGGUAUGCUUGCUCCCUGGCUCUCUUGCAAAUAUUUAGCCGUAAGCUCUGUUGCGUGUGCAUAAUUUCUUGUUUAGAAAUUUUCGUUUUCCAUUUUUAGGGUUCGAGUCGAUUCUUGUGUAGAGAAUGUAAAAGGCGAGAUUUUUCGAAUUUGGGCUUCUUCCUUUGAGUGGGGGUAGGGACUAACAUAUAUUAUAGCAAAUUGUAUGUAACUUCUCUUAUCAAAUUAUAGUGGUUAUCUUACUUGGCUAUAGAAAAUUGUUCGAUAACUUGCUGUUUAGUAUUGUUAUUAUUGGCUCA